GAGAAGUGUUAAGUGCACCUGUCGUCAAAGAUCGCAAAAAUCCGAGUUGCGUAUGUUGUUCUCUCUGUAUCAAGAACGUUUACGUAAAGAAGGAGGAAAGGGAUUGACCACAUAUAACAUCGCACAUUUUUUUCGGCUUCUAUACGUAGCUGCUGUCACCCACCACGUCACAAAAGAGGAACAGAAAGUUCAAAGGUCAGACUUAAAAGAGGAAAUGGGGAAGACCUGUUAAGCCAGCCGCUUGUAGAGCUAUGUUCAACAUGAAGACAAACAUUGUGCUCUUCGUCAUCGUUCGUCUUCUCGCUCUUUCCAACUUGACGUGCGGAGAAGUGCACCUGUCGGCCAAGAUCGCAGAGAAUGCCGACAUUGGACAGCAAGUUAUCCGCGUUCUACCAACCACACCGGGAGCCAAUGAGGAAGUUCCGUGUGAUAUCAUAGACGGAAACAUCCACGGGCGCUUCGGUGUGACUCAGUACUGUGUGAUUGUAGUCGUCCGUCCUUUAGACUUUGGUAUAAAGCAAAGGUAUAACCUGACUGUAAACGUCCCUGGGACAACCGAGACUCGUUUUGUCGACGUACAAGUCGAGGACGUGGACGGAUAUCCUCCUAUCUACAACGACACCUGCGAAAUGCCAGUCGUAGCGAAAGACAUAACACCCGGGCAUGUUGCCUUUAACGCGCCAGUGCGUGCAGAGUACAUGGAGAAAAGUGGAGGACUAUUCACUUGGAAAGCUGACACCAAAAAUCAUCUGCAAUCGCGAAGUGAGAAGAUAUCGAUGUAUACAAAGGUCUAUACUUACUCCGGCAGUGACUGUGUCGCUGUAGUUCUGUUCGGUGUCUAUAAUGCGAAAGACGUGAGAGCAGUGACCAGUUUGUGGCUUUUACAUGCGUGCUUUAGAUGUUUUCAUCCACUUGACCCGAAGCAUGUCUUUGAAAUACGGAUAAUCAACGGGAACCAUAUUCCAUGUAACUCUUUAAGUGGUCUAGAUUUGGCGCAAACGCACGUCACAAAGUCAUAUGCCUGGACCGGAUACAAGUUCAAGUGGUUAAUUUCUUUUCCACUACAGUCUACAGAAACGCAGCGCUUCAUCUGCGAACUUCCCGGAGGGAAAGUUCCUGUGCACUUAAGCCGAGGUGGAAAUGUUUUUGAUGAAAUAUUUGUGACUAGACUGGAAACUAAAAUCCAGCCUAUCGGGUGUCCGCCAAACAAAUACGGUUUGGCCUGUGAGCAGAACUGCACUUGUGAGAAUGACGCCCGCUGCCAUGGGUUGAACGGUGCCUGUAAGUGUCAGCCUGGGUGCAAAGGUGUCGUCUGUGACAUACCUCACAGUACCGUUGCCAUCAUCGCGACUCCUAGCGACUCAAGACAGGUUUACAUCAAGAGUUCGUUGACAUUACACUGCAAGUCUUUCCAUCUGGCUGUUGUGAAGAUGGUUUGGACAUUUCCUAAUGGUACAAGAAGGAGGCUACUUGGCACUCAAGAAGACCAAAUCAGGAUCGAAAGCAUCCAAUCCGAACACAACGGUACCUACACCUGUACUGGUAUUACUGAAGACAAAACGGAAGUUACCGCCUAUUACGAGGUACAAGCAGUCACCUGUCCUCCCGGCAAAAGAGGCAAAUUGUGCGAAGAGGACUGCAACUGUCUACACGGUACCAGCUGUGACCGGUGGGCCGGCUGUGUCUGUCUGCCGGGAUGGACAGGAAAACUUUGUGAGACCAAAUGCCCAGACGGCACGUACGGACGGGGCUGCAGCGGUGAGUGUUCAUGUCAGAAUGGUGCCGUCUGCGAUCCUAGCGACGGUCAGUGUAACUGCACCGAGGGGUGGUAUGGCAUGCAUUGUACCCGUCCAUGUUUAAGUGGUCGGUACGGGUGGAGAUGUCGGCAGGCCUGUGAUUGUAAGAACAACGCCACAUGCCAUCACGUAGAUGGGAGCUGCACAUGCGCGCCGCCUUGGACAGGACAGCGAUGUGACGUCAUCAAAGCCGAAACAUCUCUGCUACCACUACAGAUCUCCAUACCCCUUUUAUUGACGCUGCUUGGUGUCUUGGCAGCAUCAGUGGCUCUUUACAAAUGGAGGACGUCCACGCAAAUGAAACGAGACAAAGACCAAGAGGAGACGCAGGUGUUAUUCGAACUUCAAAGUAUGGAAGAAAACCUCGCACAGAGUCUACAGCCUGGCUGGCUCAAACGGUGGGAGAGGAAGGCAAAAGAUCUGACUCUGGGUGAUCUGAUUGGUCAGGGCGCAUUUUCGUUCAUCCGGAAAGGGCGUUUACGUACCGGGAACGCCGACUUCCCUGUUGUGGCGGUCAAGUCCGUCCGUUCGACGGACAGACUGUGCUAUCGAGCGUUCUAUCGUGAAGCAGCAAUGCUGGUUGCUUUGGACGAAAACGGCAAAGAACACAACCCUGAUGGGCAUCCCAACAUUAUCAAGCUGUUUGGUGUCAUCACCAAGUCCACACCAAAGUGUAUUCUCUUGGAAUAUGCUGCCAAAGGUGAUCUCCUGCAACUUUUGAAACAGCAGAAUACAGAUAAUGUUGCUCGUCUCCUGAGCAGCUUUCUCCGCUACGCAGUCCACACAUCACGUGGUCUGAAGGAGCUCCGACGUCUGCGCAUCGCUCACGGUGACGUGGCCGCUCGAAACGUCCUCAUCAGUAGAGGCGACGUCGCCAAGCUGUCUGACUUCGGCCUGGCCCAUGACGUGUACACCACAACCACGUACAUCUCCUCAGGUAAGAACGACGCGGAGGAACUCCUCCCUCUAAAGUGGAUGGCUCUGGAGUCGCUGGAGACUCGCAAGUUCACGUGUGAGAGCGACACGUGGUCGUUCGGCGUGCUGCUGUGGGAGAUCGCCGCGUUCGGGGAGGAGCCCGCCUAUCAGCACGAGAUCCAGCUGAGUUGUCCCAGGUUGGUCGGGAUCCUGAGACAGGGAUAUCGUCUGCAGAAACCACCCGGAUGUCCGGACAGGCUGUAUGACGUCAUGAAGUCGUGUUGGCAGGAGGACCCGUCAGCCAGACCAGAGCCUGUAGACCUUGAGCAGAAGCUGACAGACUGUCCUAUGUUCAACAUGAAGACAAACACUGUGUUCUUCGUCUUUAUCGUUCGUCUACUCUUUUAUACAAACUGGACGUACGGAGAGGUGCACCUGUCAGCCAAGAUCGCAGAGAAUGCCGACAUUGGACAGCAAGUUUUCCGCGUUCUACCGACCACACCGGGAGCCAAUGAGGAAGUUCUGUGUGAUAUCAUAGACGGAAACGUCCACGGGCGCUUCGGUGUGACUCACUUCUGUGUGAUUGUAGUCGCCCGUCCUUUAGACUUUGGUAUAAACCAAAGGUAUAACCUGACUGUAAACGUCCCUGGGACAACUGAGACCCGUUUUGUUGCAGUACAAGUCGUGGACGUGGACGGAUAUCCUCCUAUCUACAACGACACCUGCGAAAUGCCAGUCCUUGGAAACGACAGGCCACCUGGGCAUCUUGCUUUUAACGCAUUGGUGCAUGCAGAGUACAUGGAUACAAGCGGAGGGCUAUUUACUUGGAAAGCUGGCACAAAAGAUUAUCUGCAAUCGCUAGGUCAGGAGAUAUCGAUGUAUACAAAUGUCUAUACUUACGCAAGCAGUGACUGUGUCGCUGUAGUUCUGCUCGGUGUCUCUCAUGCAAACGAUUUGAGAACGGUGACCAGUUUGUGGCUUUCACAAGCGUGCUUUAAAUGUUUUGACCCAUAUAACUCCAAGCGUGUCUUUGAAAUACAAAGAAUCGACGAGGACGGUAUUCCAUGUAACUCUUUAAGUGUUCUAGAUUUGGCGCACACUGUCACAAAGUCUUAUGUAUGGACUAAAUACAACUUUAAGCUGUUAAUUUCUUUUCCACUAAUGUCUACAAAAACGCAGCGCUUCGUAUGCGAAAUGCCACAAGGUCAUGGAGGACGAUUUCCUGUGUCCAUCAGCAAAAGUGAAAUUGUAUUUGUUACUAGACUGGAAUUUGAGACUCAGCCAGUCGGGUGUCCUCCGAGCAAAUACGGUUUGACCUGUGAGCAGAACUGUACUUGUGAGAACGGCGCCCGCUGCCAUGGGUUGAACGGUGCCUGUAAGUGUCAGCCUGGGUGGAAAGGUGUCGUCUGUGACAUACCUCACAGUACCGUUGACAUCAUAGCGACACCUAGCGACUCGCGACGGAUUCACAACCAGGGUUCGUUGACAUUACACUGCAAGUCUUUCCAUCUUUCUGUUGAGACAAUGAUUUGGACAUUUCCUAAUGGUACAAGAAGGUGGUUACGUGGCACUCAAGAAGACCAAAUCAGGAUCGAAAGCAUCCAGUCUGAUCACAACGGUACCUACACCUGUACUGUUAUUACUGAAAACGAAAUGGAAGUUACCGCGCGUUACGAGCUACAGGCAGUCAACUGUCCUCCCGACAAAGGAGGCGAAAUGUGCGAAGACGACUGCAACUGUCUCCACGACGCAAGCUGUGACCGGUGGGCCGGCUGUAUCUGUCCGCCGGGAUGGACAGGAAACAUUUGUGAGACCAAAUGCCCAGACGGCACCUACGGACGGGGCUGCAACAGCGAGUGCCCAUGUCAAAAUGGCGCCGUCUGCGAUCCUACCGACGGUCAGUGUAACUGCACCGAGGGGUGGUAUGGUGUGCAUUGUUCCCGUCCAUGUUUAAGUGGUCGGUACGGGUGGAGAUGUCGGCAGGCCUGUGAGUGUAAGAACAACGCCACAUGCCAUCACGUAGAUGGGAUCUGCACAUGCGUGCCGCCCUGGACUGGACAGCGAUGUGACGUCAUCCAACCCGAAACAUCGCUGCCACUACAAAUCUCCUUACCCCUUUCAUUGACGCUGCUUGGUGUCUUGGCAGCAUUAGUGGCUCUUUACAAAUGGAGGACGACAAAACGAUUGAGACGAGACGAAAACCAAGAGGAGACGCAGGUGUUACUCGAACUUAAAAGUAUGGAAGAAAACCUCGCACAGAGUCUGCAGCCCGGCUGGCUCAAACGGUGGGAGAGGAAGGCAAAGGAUCUGACUCUGGGCGAUCUGAUUGGUCAGGGUGCAUUUUCAUUUAUCAGAGAAGGGCGUUUACGCACCAGUAAUGCUGACGUCACAGUUGUGGCGGUCAAGUCCGUCCGUUCGAAGGACAGACUGUGCUAUCGAGCUUUCUAUCGCGAUGCAGCAAUGCUGGUUGCUUUGGACGAAAACGGCAAAGAACACAACCCUGAUGGGCAUCCCAACAUUAUCAAGUUGCUUGGUGUCAUCACAAGGUCCACACCAAAGUGGAUUCUCUUGGAAUAUGCUGCCAAUGGGGAUCUCCUUCAACUUUUGAAACAGCAGAAUAGAAAUAACGUUGGUCGCCUACAGGGCAGGUUUCUCUGUUACGCAAUCCACAUAUCAAGUGCCCUGAAGGAGCUCCGACGUCUGCGCAUCACUCACGGUGACGUGGCCGCUCGAAACGUCCUCAUCAGUGGAGACGACGUCGCCAAGCUGUCUGACUUCGGUCUGGCCCAUGACGUGUACACCACAACCACCUACAUCUCCUCGGGUAAGAACGACGCGGAGGAACUCCUCCCUCUGAAGUGGAUGUCUCUGGAGUCGCUGGAGACUCGUAAGUUCACGUGUGAGAGCGACAUGUGGUCGUUCGGCGUGCUGCUAUGGGAGAUCGCCGCGUUCGGGGAGGAGCCCGACUAUCAACACGAGAUCCAGCUGAGUUGUCCCAGGUUAGUCGGGAUCCUGAGACAGGGAUAUCGUCUGCAGAAACCACUCGGAUGUCCGGACAGGCUGUAUGACGUCAUGAAGUCGUGUUGGCAGGAAGACUCGUCAGCCAGACCAGAGCCGGCAGAACUUGAGCAGAAGCUGACAGACUGUCGUGAAGAGAUAGAUCCACUGUUCGUCCUAGAAAAAACAAACAUUGUGCUCUUCGUCAUCGUUCGUCUUCUCGCUGUUUCCAACUUCACGUACGGAGAAGUGCACCUGUCGGCCAAGAUCGCAGAGAAUGCCGACAUUGGACAGCAAGUUAUCCGCGUUCUACCAACCACACCGAGAGCCAAGCAGGAAGUUCUGUGUGAUAUCAUAGACGGAAAUGUCCACGGGCGCUUCGGUUUGACUCACUUCUGUGUGAUUGUAGUAGCCCGUCCUUUAGACUUUGGUAUAAACCGAAGGUAUAACCUGACUGUUAACGUCCCUGGGACAACUGAGACCCGGUUGAUUGACGUACAAGUCGAGGACGUGGACGGAUAUCCUCCUAUCUACAACGACACCUACGAAAUGCCAGUCCUAGGAAAAGACAUAUCCUCCGGGCAUCUUGGUUUUAACGCGUCAGUGCGUGCAGAACGAAACGCGCGUUACGAGCUACAGGCAGUCAACUGUCCUCCAGGCAAAAGAGGCGAAUUGUGCGAAGAUGACUGCAACUGUCUCCAUGGUGCCAGCUGUGACCGGUGGGCCGGCUGUGUCUGUCCGCCGGGAUGGACAGGAAAAAUUUGUGAGACCAAAUGCCCAGACGGUACGUACGGACGGGGCUGCAGCGGUGAGUGCACAUGUCAGAAUGGUGCCUUCUGCGAUCCUAGAGACGGUCAGUGUAACUGCACCGAGGGGUGGUAUGGUAUGUAUUGUACCCGUCCAUGUUUAAGUGGUCGGUACGGGUGGAGAUGUCGGCAGGCCUGUGACUGUAAGAACAACGCCACAUGUCAUCACGUAGAUGGCAGCUGCACAUGCGCGCCGCCCUGGACCGGACGGCGAUGUGACGUCAUCCAACCCGAAACAUCUCCGCUGCCCCUACAAAUCUCCAUACCUCUUUUAUUGACGCUGCUUGGUGUCUUGGUAGCAUUACUGGCUCUUUACAAAUGGAGGACGACCACUCGGAUGAGACAAGACGAAGACCAAGAGGAGACACAGGUGUUACUCGAACUUAAAAGUAUGGAAGAAAACCUCGCACAGAGUCUACAGCCUGGCUGGCUCAAACGGUGGGAGAGGAAGGCAAAGGAUCUGACUCUGGGCGAUCUGAUUGGACAGGGCGCAUUUUCGUUUAUCAGAGAAGGGCGGUUACGCACCGCUAACGCUGAAGUCACAGUUGUGGCGGUCAAGUCCGUCCGUUCAAGGGACAGACUGUGCUAUAGAGCGUUAUAUCGUGAAGCAGCAAUGCUGGUUGCUUUGGACGAAAACGGCAAAGAACACAACAAUGAUGGGCAUCCCAACAUUAUCAAGCUGUUUGGUGUCAUCACCAAGUCCACACCAAAGUGUAUUCUCUUGGAAUAUGCUGCCAAAGGUGAUCUGCUGCAACUUUUGAAGCAGAAGAAUACAGAUAAUGUUGCUCGUCUCCUAGGCAGCUUUCUCCGCUACGCAGUCCACACAUCACGUGGUCUGAAGGAGCUCCGACGUCUGCGCAUCGCUCACGGUGACGUGGCCGCCCGAAACGUCCUCAUCUUUGGAGACGACGUCGCCAAGCUCUCAGACUUCGGUCUGGCCCAUGACGUG